AUGAUAGUUGAGCAAUCUUCUACUUUACAUGAAGUGGCUUCUAAAAGUUUUAAUAGAACACCAGAUAAUCUGAUCUUCACUAAUGAUCUAAAACAGGUAUUUUCGAUUUUAUUAAUAUGUUUAGACUUCCAAGAGAAACCUAAAGAAAGCAGCAAGAAGUUAUUCAAUGCAUUUAGCAAAACUUUCCCUUAUUCUUUCUCUGUCCAGAAUGCUAUUGAAAAGAUGGGUGAUUUAGAGCUUUAUGUUGAUAUGAAUACGACGAGCAUUCAUAUGUCAUAUUCAAUUAAGCCAGAACUUGCUUACAAUCUACUGAGCACCUUUAUGGAUUCGAAGCUGUUGCAUACACCUGCAGAUAGGACCAGAGAUGAACCUAAAGAAAACGUUCUGCUUCAACCUACACCUAAAGGUGUUGCAAUCUUACAGCGCUAUGUUAUUCAAAUAGGGCUGAAGAAGAUACCGCAGAUUUUAAAAUCAUCCUUUAAUUCCAUGCAAUUGUUUACGUUCGAACGUAGUUCUGUAAAUGAUGCUAUUAUUCACAGCGAGUACUUUAUUCAGCUACUGUUCAUUAAGUUAAUGGGAUCAUACCCCAACGUAUGGUCUCCCACAAAUCCAAAUGAUUCAUUACCAACGCUUGCUUUGUUGACUGAAUACACAGAUGAUUCAUUUUCGUUCGAGUCUGAUAACUUCGAUUAUAGUGGAGGCGUUCCAUUGCGUUUACAAAGUUUAGCUUCCAACAGAGAAGCUAAGUUCAAUCAAGAUUUGAAUUAUGCACAAUAUCAUGAUACGAAAAGGGAGUCGCCAUUUGCCCAUAGAUUUUUCACUAAUCCAGAUUCAGAUUCCCAUGUUCAGUAUUACGUUUCAGAUAAGGGUGUUAGAUUGGCCAAGUCAAAGGUUUUUGGCAAACUUAAAACUGUUGUUGAGUAUUCGUUUACCACAAAAGCAAUUUGGCAGUGGCUGAUGGAUUGUACUGAUUUAAUGUAUCCAAAGGAAGCAGUUUCUGUUGCUGCUUUAUUUUUAAAAUAUGGACUGAUAGUUCCUAUCCUCCUACCGCCAAGUUAUAAUGUCAGCAAGAAAUUCACUGUAAGUAAACAAGCAUAUUAUACACUGAGCAAAGCCGGUUGGGAUAUUGUGAAUUGGAACUUUAAAACAACUGCAGAAAAAUCAAACAGUCGACCUUCAUGCCCAAAUACUCAAGUACCAGAUGAUCUAAAGGUAAAUAACGGUUUCGCUGACAUUGAUUACGUUAAUUGUUCGCAGAAUAUGUCAAUGAACCAGCCAGAGUCGGAUUCAGGUGAACAUCAAAUUGCAGAUGAAAAACCUCUGGUAGACUUAAAUUAUGUGUUGAAAGAUCCAGGUAUGCGCUAUCUGUUUAGGACUCACUUGGAAAAGGAAUUCUGUGUGGAAAAUUUCUACGUUUAUUUGGAGAUCAGGCGUUUUUCCAAGAAGAUGACAAUGUUAAAGACCUUGUUGGAUACUAAAAAUGCUAGUCAACAAUUCUCAGUAAAGAAGGAUAAGCAAUCAUAUAAUUCUCGGAAGGUCAGGGAAACAAUGGAUGCAGCUCUAAUUAAAAGAGCUAAUGAAUGUCUAGCCAUUGCAUAUCAUAUCUUUUCAACUUAUAUAGCGGCUGGUGCUCCAUUCCAGUUAAACAUUGACCACGAACUUCGUUCAUCGAUAACCAAUAUUAUGAUUCAUCCUAUAUCGCUCCUCCGCACUUCGUCGACCGAUUCUAUUAAGCCUGAACUUUCGAAUCCUGGACAGCUAAAUUUAUUUGGUAGUGAUAAUGAAAUAACUAAGCAACCACUGUCGAAACCUCCAUAUAAGGGUAUAUCUCCGCCUAGCGUUUUUGAUCCCAAUGAUGAAUUAAAUGCCAACUCAUUCGUUAAUUCUAAGGAUAAUGGCAAUAAUCUUAUGAUCUCGCCACCCCUACCGGCUCAAGGUAGUGAUUUUGUUCAUUUCAACAAUUGUUUCCAGAUCCCUCCAAUUCCAUCAAUGGAACUCAUCUCUAACAGUUUCAAAACCCUAAGAGACUUAUACAUCCUUUUUGAUAAGGUUGGCAGGCAUAUCUACAGACUAAUGAAAAUUGAUUCAAUUCCAAAGUUCUUAAAUUCGGCCUUAUAUCAGGAAGCGCGUUCCCUAUUGAACCUUUCACAUGACAAUAGUGAACUGACUUAUCAUAUCAAACGCCGUAAUUGCAGCACUAUAUCUAGUUAG